AUGUUAAGUGGAGGGUCAUCUCUCAUAAAGGGGAGGAACAAGAAGCUCAAAACUGCAGACAUGGGUAUACUCACCUAUGAAGAUGUGCAUGUGAACUUCACACAGGAAGAGUGGGCUUUGCUGGAUCCUUCCCAGAAGAGGCUGUACAAAGAUGUGAUGCUAGAGACCUAUGAGAAUCUGACUGCUAUAGGCUACGUUUGGGAAGAUCAUAAUACUGAAGAACUCUUUCAAAGAUCUAGAAGAUAUGAAAGGAAUGUCAUUAGUUAUAAUGGAUACAAGCCACGUGAAUAUAGGUAUAUUGAAGGAAGCAACAACCCGUCCCUCUCCUGCACUAUUAGAAGGCAUGAAAGAAGUCAUACUGAACAGCAACCCUCUGAGAUUUUUCAGCGUGGGCAAGCCUUUUCAUUUCAGAGUCAUAACCUAAGACAAGAAAGAAUUCAUACUGGAGAGAAACCCUAUGAAGGUGUCCAACAUUUUGAAGCCUUUGCAUAUCACAGUAGUCUCCAAAUACAUAAAACAAGAGUUGAUGGAGAGAAAACCUAUGAGUGUAACCAAUGUGCCUUUGCAAGAGACUGUCAUCUCCUAACACAUACAAUAAUACAUACUGGAGAGAAACCUUUUGAAUGUAACCAAUGUGGUAAAGCCUUUGCACAAAAUAGUACUCUUCUAACACAUAAAAAAACACAUACUGGAGAGAAACAUUUUGAAUGUAACCAAUGUGAUAAAGCCUUUAGAAAUAUGGGUAAUCUUCUAACACAUAAAAGAAUACAUACUGGAGAGAAACCUUUUGAAUGUAACCAGUGUGGUAAAGCCUUUGCACAAAAUGGUAAUCUUCUAACACAUAAAAGAAUACAUACUGGAGAGAAACCUUUUGAAUGUAACCAAUGUGGUAAAGUCUUUGCACGAAAUAGUAAUCUUGUAACACAUAAAAGAGUACAUACUGGAGAGAAACCUUUUCAAUGUAACCAGUGUGGUAAAGCCUUUGCACAUAACUGUGAGCUCCAAACACACAAAAGAAAACAUACUGGAGAGAAACCCUAUGAAUGUCAUCAAUGUGGCAAAACUUUUUCAAGUCUAUCUGGAUUCACAUAUCAUAAAAGAACGCAUAACUCAUACAGGAGAGAAACCCCAUGAAUGCAAUCAAUGUUGUUAAUCCUUGUUGUCCUUGUUUUUAAUAACUGCAUUGUAUUCCAUUGUAUAAAUGAAACAUUUUUUU